AUGCGCUUCUCCAUCGUUUUCACCAGCGUUUUUGCGUCUACCUUGGUCUCAGCUCAUGGCAGCGGCAGCAUCGACCAGGAGCUCGCUCGCCGAGCAGAAUUCUUGAAAUACUCCCGUAGCGAUGUCAGCCACUGCGCAGCCAAAAUAAAGGCCCGCGGACUCGAAGAACGUGCUGUCAAGCGCCGGGCUGAGACAGUGGAAGCUCUGCGCCAGAAGCGCGGUAUCAAGACUCGUCGUGAUCUUGAGUCUGUCCUCAAUACCGACCACAACCAGACUGCCAAGGGGUACGACCUGGACACGCCCAUCGCGGAGCUAUUUGCGACCAAUAAGUCAUGUGUGCUGACUCCUGAGGGAGAAAGCGGCCCUUACUACGUUGCUGGCGAGUACAUUCGUACUGACUUGGCCGAAGCCGAGGCAGGUAUUCCGGUUCACUACGACUUCCAGAUUCUUGACGCUACGACUUGCGAGCCAAUUUCCGGGGCGUAUUAUGAAAUUUUCAACUGCAACACUACUGGUGUCUAUUCUGGAACCACGAACGGUGGCAACGGAAACACCGCGGACGUCUCCGUUCUAGAUGCGACCUGGCUCCGUGGCAUUCAGCCUACCGACGAGGAUGGUGUUGCGCAGUUUGACACUCUUUUUCCCGGUCACUACGGCGGACGCGCGACACACAUCCACACUAUCCUCCACGCCAACGCGACCGCCCGAGACAACGGCACCAUUUUUGAUCUGUCGGCGUCCCAUAUCGGCCAAGUCUUCUGGGAUCAAUCGGUCCGGGACCAGGUCGAGCUUCUGGAGCCUUACAACGCCAACACGAAGCAGGUCACACUGAACAAGGACGACCGCGUCUUUGCGGCUGAGGUCGAGAAUGACAAUGAUCCCGUAUUUAACUAUGUCCUGAUCGGCGAUACUAUCGAGGAUGGCUUCCUGGCCUGGUUAACUUUGGGUGUCGAUACAACGCUGCGUAGCACCAUCAACCCGGCCGCCAUCUACUACGAAGAUGGUGGUGUUGAGCAAGGCAAUGGCGGAGGUCCGGGUGGUCCGGGUGGUCCUCCACCUGAGGCUCGUUAG